UCCAUGUGAGGGCUGAUAUUAACUUCAACUCAUUCCACAGAUUAUCACUUACCGUACAAAACGUAUUUAAAAAAAUGCCAUUUGUUUUGUCAGGUGUGGCAAGGGAAAACAACUAUUUUCACUCAAUAUCAGAAACAGUUUACAGCAGUACAGCAAGGUGGAGCUUAAUCUUGUUGGUCACACAGUGGGAUGUACCUGUCAAUGAUAGCUGCUUCAACUGGUAGACUUCAGUGUAGUUAUUUGUCUCUGUCUGGGUGGCUGGAUACACCAUGGCUCUCUGCUGGGUCUAUUGGGUGGCUGGAUACACCAUGGCUCUCUGCUGGGUCUAUUGGGUGGCUGGAUACACCAUGGCUCUCUGCUGGGUCUAUUGGGUGGCUGGAUACACCAUGGCUCUCUGCUGGGUCUAUUGGGUGGCUGGAUACACCAUGGCUCUCUGCUGGGUCUAUUGGGUGGCUGGAUACACCAUGGCUCUCUGCUGGGUCUAUUGGGUGGCUGGAUACACCAUGGCUCUCUGCUGGGUCUAUUGGGUGGCUGGACUCUCUGUCAUUCAGACCUGGGCAACACCAGCAGGUGGGUACCAAUUCCAGGGGAUAGUUGACUGUGAAUAUGAUGAUACCACUGACAAUAUGAUCUACUUUGUGAAAAACAUAUUCAACCAAAAAUUGACCACCAUCUAUGACACCAGGGUUGAGAAGUAUGUGGGUUUUGGGGAGUUUGGCAUACGCAAUGCAGAUCGCUACAACAGCCAAGCUUGGAAAAUGGCUAUAAGGAAAGCAGAAGUGGAGACUAUUUGCCGAUACAGUGCAAGAUUCUUCAAACUGAGCACUUUGGAAAGAAUACUGCCUCCCAGUGUCAAAGUCCGUCUGAUCAAGCCCUCUCGCUACGGGGAGUUGUCCAUGCUGGAGUGCAGCGUUCUAGGCUUCUACCCUCAAGAGGUGAGGGUGAGCUGGCUGAGAGACGGGCUGGAGACCACCACAGCCGUGACCUCCACAGACACACUGGCUAACGGUGACUGGAGCUACCAGCUCCACUCCUACCUAGAGUUCAGGCCUCAGAGAGGGGAGAGUGUAAGCUGCAUGGUUGAGCACCCCAGCCUAGAUGAACCACUGGAGGUGGUCUGGGAUACCUCAGGCCUGGAUGCUAAAUGGUUUAAAAUGGCAAUAGGGGUGUGUUCCCUUUUCAUUGGUGUAGCCAUGGCUAUUGGAGGAGGAGUUUACUACUGGUGUAAGAACAGGUCAGGCUUUAGGCGUGUGCAUAGAUAAGCAGGUCAAUUGUCUGCUUCCAUGUGCAUGGCAUAAGAGAGAACUCUUUCUUUGCCCAAAAUGCCACUGGUUAACAAAGCAGAAGUAAUAUUUUCGCUCUUUACCAUACUAUUCAAAUUGUGUCCAUGUGAUGGAAUCAGUUUGCUUACCAUUCGUUAUUUGCUUGUGUGGGACUUUCCUAGAUUAUAUUUUCAAACACUACAGUCAGGUUUCAUAAUUAUUGGCACCCUUGAUAAAGAUGAGCAAUAAAGUCUAUAAAAGAGAUCUAUUUUCAUGUCAUCUGUCCAUAACUCUGGUUCCAAGUCCUGAUGCAGUGACCUCCAGGCAGUGUUGGGCCGAUGACAUGAAAAUUAAACUUUUUGGCCACACACACCAGUGGUGGGUUUGGCGUUGACAGUAUGCAGAAAAGUACCUCAUACCUAUGGUAAAAUAUGGUGGUGCAUCCUUGAUCCUUGUUAAGGUCAACUGCAUCAUGAACCUCAUAACCAGUCCCAGGAUAUUUGACCCAAAAACCUUGUUGCCUCUGCCAGGAGGCUGACACUUGGCCACAAGUGGAUCUUCCAGCAAGGCAAUAACCCCAAGCACACAUCAAAAUCCCCCAAGAAAUGGUUUAUUGACAACAAAAUUAACAUUUUGCAAUGGCUGUCUCCGGACUUGAACCCAAUUGGUUUGAAUUGAAGAGGGCAGUCUAUAAGAGCAGACAAAGGAUAUCAAUGAUCUGGAAGGAUUCUGUAUGGAGGAAUGGUCUAAGAUCCCUCCCAAUGUGUUCUCCAACUCAUAGAAUAUUUGAGAGAAAUACUGUGUUAUCCUUGCAAGGACAGGGUGCUGGAGUACUGAAAACAGGAGUACAAGAAGUCUAUUUUUUAGAUUUGUAUUACUUGUUAAACAAUCUCUUUCUUUAUGCUCUUGUAUUAGUAUAAUUCGUUUUUUAAAUAUUUGUGUUUUUGUAUAAUAGAUUUUUUGCUAAUAAUACUAUGGACCUGACUGUAUGAAAUGUUAACAUAUGUGCAGGUAAUUGAUGUGCAUUUAGACGAUAAUGCUAGAUACAGGGGAUACAAGAGGUUAUACAACAAGGUCAUUUUUUCUGUCUUUAUUUAAUUGUAAAUAUAGACUCAUUAACAUGCAUAGAAUUGUUUGAACGUCAUCUAUAGCGAAAAAUCAUAAAAUAUCACAGCUUUCUGUUAUACCAGACAGGAGAAAAAGCUACUCAUUAUGCAAGUCCUGUCGAAUGAAAGCAAUUACUUCAGUUGCCUUGGGACUGCACAUGCACAGCGAUAACAGAAAGGCUCUUUAUGUGAGGUGUAAGAAAAUUAACAUUUGAAAUCAAUGUAAAUUAACUGAUCUAUUUUGAUAAUAAAGACCACAAUUAACAUA